AGCACAGCGGGAAAAACCCGGCGCACGCUAUAAAGACAGCAGCCUGAGCGCAACUGACAAUACAGUAGGCGCGAGCUUCUCUUGACUUAACAUAACCUAUAGUCCUUGGAGCUAUUGCAUUUGCCAUUUUCCUCUUUUUGGAUACAACAUCGGAGUACACUAAACCAUGCCUGUGUCCAGAAUGCGCAUGAGACCCUGGCUGGAGGCCAGAAUUGACUCUAAUUCAAUUGCUGGACUUGUGUGGGUCGACAAGGAUCAAAAGAUGUUCUCCAUCCCUUGGAAACAUGCUGCUCGCCAUGGCUGGGAGGUCGACAAAGAUGCUUGUCUGUUCAAGCAGUGGGCCAUCCACACAGGUAAAUUCAAGGAGGGAGUUACCCAGCCUGACCCCAAAACAUGGAAAGCAAAUUUCCGUUGCGCCAUGAACUCUCUACCAGACAUCGAAGAGGUAAAGGACAAAAGUGUCAACAAAGGUUGCGGAGCAUUGAGAGUGUACCGCAUGCUGCCCGCCAUGCCCAAGAAGAAAGACAAACGAUCGAAAAGUCGAGACAACAGAAGACGGGCGAAGGCUGCAUUGUCAAAGAUCAAGGUGGAGGACAUGGACACUGAUGAGAUGCAGUCUGAUAAGCACAAUUACACACAAAUGGCGGAGGAAAGAAUUACCCAGGAGAACACCAUCGAUAGCACUGAAAAUCUAAACACUGCCAGCCCUACUGUUGACAUCCCAGACAUCUCUGGAUAUGAAGUUGAAAUUGGUCCAGAUAGCACAAACAAUAUUUACACAGCCAAGUUCCAGGUCUCACCAAUGCAUUCUACAGAUUUUGAAGAAAAUGAAACCGACGCAAUAAUUGAGAUCUCACGGCAACUGGAACGUGAUAGUUCACAGUGGCUACAAAAUUACUCUGGAAAGGGGUUCCUGGCCAAUGAAGUAGGCACAACAGAAUCUUACCACAGUCCAGAGAGCCAAUGGAGUGUAAGCUCAGGAGAAGAGCUUGAACUUCGGCUAUAUACUGAACUGAAUCCAGGCCUGCCUGAUGAUCCGCUCUGCACCUACACCGAGAUGUGGGACAGCAACACCAUGCCGAUCAUCUGUACGCUCUGAAAACUCUUGGAACUUGUACAUUUAUCUUACCUCAAACUUCAUCUUACAAACUUUCACCUAAGGACAUUGGUUUGGAAUGGACUCCACUUAAUCAAACUCAACCUUGUACCUCAGGAGCAUUAAGGAGGAUACAUGCAAUUCUUCUGAACAUUGUCUCAUGCAUACUUCUGGAUAUUUUUCAAAUAUGGUUUUUGUUUGUUCCACUGUUAGUUACUCAAGGCCACAAUCCUUAAUUCAGGACACAACUCAAAGGCAUUAUUCCACUUGCUCUGUUACAUAGAAAUUUCUAAUAUCAGGCUAAUGUUCAAAAAACAGGCCUAUAUUCAGCCUCCUUUGAGUUUAUUUAGCUCUUGCAAUGCAAGAGCUUGAAUGUGAUGUGGUUUCAUUUGAAGGAUGUUUCAGAACCUCUCUGUUGAAAGGCUAAAAUAGAAACUUUUUAAAUUAUGGAUUGUGGUGUUGAUAACAGCUUUAUAGCUUUGUGACCAUAUAAUCUCAUUUAAUGUGAAUUUGACAGGAUCCGUUAUAUGUUCAUGUCAGGAAUUUUCUAACAGACUGCAUAUAUACAUAUACAAAUCACCAAAUGUAGCUGUUUGGGGUAUGGGUUGAGGUUCUUAACUGUACAUAAUGUAUAUAUUUAUUUGUAAUAAAAAAAAAAAAAGAUUUAUAAUUGUUCAUGCUUAUGAUUUGCAAUAUUGAAUUAUCUUGAGAGAAAAUUGUCUUGAUGAAAGUAAAACCUUACUGUAUUUUAA